AUGUGGCUUAGAAGAAGGGUUAACUUCUCCGUUAAGCUGUACAAGACAGCUGUGGGAUUUUGCUUUCGCGGGGGCAGAUAUUUCCGUAGAACAGUACGCGAAUGUUUGCUAUUGCUUCCAUUGUUCUCAACACGGCUAACAUUCCACGCUGCUAGCACCCCUCUGCACCAUAACUUCACCGUCUCACUUGUCAACCAGGUCGCGCAAUACAGAGCAUACGGCCACCCUGUUCUCAAAGACAUAGUGGAGCCUUCAAGGGCGCUGGUUGCCAUUUGGAUCGGCAUCAACGAUAUCAAUGACAGCGCCAAAUACGCCGUCCGUUUUCCUACGUUCUACAAUGAGCUUAUGGAUAUUCUUUUCGCCUCUGUCCGAGUCCUUCAUUCGUUAGGAUAUCGCUCGUACCUGUUUAUGAACCUUCCACCAUUAGACCGAACACCAAGCAACCAGAAGACGACCAGUCCAAGUCCCAAUGCGACCCAGGUUGCGUGGUUUAACAAAGCACUAGCACAACAUGCGGGAAGCUUCGACAAACAGUACCCUGAUACCAACGUGCUACUUUUCGACGCCAAUUCGGUCCUAAACGAUAUGAUGGACCAGCCAGCGCGGCAUGGAAUUACGAACACGACUAGCUUCUGCCCUGGCUACGAUCAACCAGAUAUAGAAUGGAACUAUCGAGCUUAUGGCUGCCCAAUGCCCCUGGACACAUAUUUUUGGUUUAACUCUGGGCACUUGACUAGCCAUGUGCACAAGUUACUCGCCAAAGCUCUGGAAAGCACCUUGAAAUAA